AUGAGUCUUUUACGUGGACAUAAUUUGGCGAAAUCGUCCAAGAUCUUACUUGGUCUAUUGACAACAGUGUCACUCUUUGUUUUUGUCUUCAAAUACCAACAAUAUCGAGAACUAGCACAAACCAAUGAAGAUGUCAGGUUUCACGACAUCCAUGUUCCAUUCUUGCAAUUGAUUCCAAGAUCCACCAUAUUCAAUCCAUGGGUAUUGGUGACUGCCAUAUUUGCAGAAGUAUCCGUGUUUGCAUAUUUGUUUUCGUUUGCUGUGUUGAUAAUUUCCAGCAAGUUUGUAGAAAGAUUCUGGGGAUACUUGGAAGUUACCAAGUUUGUGUUUAUCGUGGGGACAGUAACUAAUUUGAUUACGGUGAUUAUUGCUAUUGUUUCAAAUAUUUCUCGUGGUGAUGGAGAUAGUAUGGAUUUACCAGUAGGUGGCGGUAUCUCCUACUACUUUGGAUUCUUGGUAGUUUUCAAACAAUUGAUUCCCGAACAUAAUAUUGUGUUGUUCCAAGGGCUUAUAAACUUUAGAGUUAAGCAAGUUCCAUUUGCCAUGUUGAUCUUGGUCACUGUAUGGUCAUUGGCUAUUAGCCGUUCGCUUUAUCCUGCUGUUCCUUCAAUUUCAAGUUUCUUUGUUUCAUACUUUUACUUGAGAUUUUUCCAAACCCUUUCCAUGGAACCAACCUUGCCGGUUGCAUCUACAAGCGAUGCCGCUAAUAGCUCGUUUGUUACAGGUGAUGCUUCAGAUACUUUCCAAUUGGUUGAAUUCUUCCCUCCGAUUACCAAGCCAAUAUUAUCCAGUGUGUUUGAUAACGUAUACAAUGUCAGUGCGUUAUUAGGUUUAAUAACCCCAUUUAAUGAUGAGAGCAUGGAACAGAGUAAUUUACGAGCCCAAAAGAGACAAGAACAAGUCAGCAAGACUCAAAAAAGCGUGGCCAAUUCUGUAGCUGAAAGAAGAAGACAGGUGGCUUUACAAGUAAUUGAAGAUAGAAUUUCCAAAGAGCACUCAGCACCUGCUUAA